AUGACUCUGGCGGAACUGCGCCUUGGCUUGGUCUCCAUGGCUUUGGCACGAUUCGCUGCUUUCUUGUCUUGCGUCUUCCACCACAGUUUCCAGCCCAUGCCUUCCGUCAACUCCAUCCCCACUGAGCUGUGGAGGACCAUCAUCACUGCAGCAUGCACCGACGGCGGUUUUACUGGAAGCUCUCUUGCUCUCACCACCCACUUCUUUCACGCCCAAUCUCUGUCUCCCCGCUUUCGUUCCCUUGCGUUCGACGAUCUCCGACAUAUGGAGGAUUUUCUUUCCUUCCUGCGAGCGCAACCAAAGGAGUGUUCACCUUGGAUCGAGCAUCUUUACAUCUCAUUCCUACGCGAAUCCACUGUGACAACACCGGAUUUCUGGAAGACAUUUUCCCGCCUGUCCCCUACGGAGAAGGAGGAGUACAAACGAUCUAAGCUACAGCAGAAGGACGAGUGGGAUGAUAGGUUCAUAUUCAUCGUCUCCCGCCUCCUUCGCCUUUCAGCUCCAACGCUUCGCACGCUUUGUAUUCUCGAAGACGGCGGUAGCGCACAGCUGCCCUGCAUCCCAUGCACAUCUCUACCAAAGCUGGAGGAGCUGUCGUGCAAACGUCGAAUUCCUACCUUCCUACCUGAGCCUUCCUCAUGCCCCGACAAUUCUCUGCAUGGCCCUCCCAUCAGCCCGUUCGCCCAACUUCCGGCUCUCAAGCGUCUCCACUGCGUUGAAGGCAAUCCAGAAGGAAUGCUUCGAGCUCUAUCCCUUUCCCCUCCCUGUAGCCUCACCCACCUUCGGUUCUCCGACAGUUACGAACCCACUCCUGCCGUUUUCGCCGACGUCCUCGGAAUGGAGCCUUCUCUCGGCCACCCUCAGCAAUCACGCCCGAGUGCCCUCAAGUUACUCGUGGUUCACACUACUGGCCCAGCGCCCGGCGACUUCUGUGAUGCCCCCUUCGCGAUGUGGGAAGAAGGCGUUGAGUGUAUGCGGGAUUGGGCGCGUCUCUAUGAAGAAUCGGAAAAGGGAACCCGAGUGGUCGUCAUUGGAAGAGCAUGGAGGAAGAAUGGACGAUGGCCGGACAGGUUGUACGACGACUGGUUGGAUCGUAUGAACGAUGGAAAGGGUUGUUGGGUGGAGUGUGACGAAGACGAACAGGAGUUGGAGAUCUACGAAGAUGAUUCGUGCUCAGAUCUGGACGGGGUCGACUGGAACAAUGGUGAUCUUUGA